AACCCACUGAGCCACCCAGGAGCCCCCCCCUUGUCACUUUUAAUAUGAGUUUCAUAUGAAUCAGUUUUUCAUAGAGUACUAAAAAUUUUUUUUCUAGUUGGCUUCAAGGGACCCUCAGAAACAAAGCACCAAAGUGUGAUGGUAUUUGACAUUUUUAUAAAGUUAGUAUAACCAUUAUUUCUCACCUUUCCCAGCCUGAGAACUUGCUAGAAAUGUAUACUGCCAGCCAGUGACUGGAAAAUUCUCUCUACAUCCCUGCCUCUCUCCCAGAGCACGUUUUCCGCAUUAGGUCUUUGGAGAGUCCUUUCUGUCUGUGGAAACCAUGUUCUUGAUGUUAAGUGUUGCACCUCUGUCAGGGACAACUUUCCUUUUCAUACUUUGUAAUUCACUUUUUCACAAGAGAUAACAAAUACAGGAGUUUCUGUUUGGUGAGCAUUUCCACGCAAAUGCUCAGGUGUGAUGACAGUACCCUGUGCCUUGAGUUAAGGGGACCGCCCUGCCACAUAGCGGCGCUGGGAGUGUGUCCUGAGCCACAGGGCAGGCUGAGGAAGGAGUCUUGUCCUCCUGGGUCUUGGACCUCAGGUGGUAUUGCUGUUGGUGUCAUGAUUUUCCAGAAACGGUGCGGAGCUCUUGAUGAAGUUCCUGCUGACGUGGCCCAGCAGUUCCAGUACGCCGUGCGCGUCAUCGGCAGCAACUUCGCCCCGACGGUCGAAAGAGACGAGUUUCUUGUAGCGGAAAAAAUUAAGAAAGAACUUAUCCGGCAAAGACGCGAAGCGGAUGCGGCCUUGUUCUCGGAGCUGCACAGGAAGCUCCACUCACAGGGAGUUUUGAAAAAUACAUGGUCAAUUCUCUACCUCUUGCUAAGCCUUAGUGAAGAUCCACGCAAGCAGCCGAACAAGGUUUCCACCUAUGCCGCGUUAUUUGCCCAAGCGUUACCAAGAGAUGCUCACUCGACUCCCUACUACUACGCCAGGCCUCAGACUCUGCCGCUGAACUACCAGGACCGCAGCACCCAGUCGGCCCAGAGCGCCGGUAGCAUGGGAAGCAGUGGUGUCAGCAGCAUAAGUGUGUACGCCUUAAAUGGCCCGACCCCGACGCCACAGUCUCUCCUUCCGGGACAGCCUCAUCACACGCCCGGAGUGGGGGACGGUCUGCGGCAGCAGCUGGGGGCACGUCUCGCGUGGACUCUGACUGCAAACCAGCCUUCUUCACAAACCACUACCUCAAAAGGUCUCCCGAACGCUGUUUCUCGCAACAUGACAAGACCAAGGAGGGAAGGGGACGUAGGUGGUGCUGCGGAAGUGACUGAGGCAGCGCUCGUCAGAGACAUUCUGUACGUCCUCCAGGGCAUAGACGGCAGGAACAUCAAGAUGAGCAGCGCGGGGAACGGCUACAAAGUGGAGGCCAAGGCAAACCUAAGUAGAUCUUUGAGGGAUACGGCACUCAGACUUGCGGAGUUGGGAUGGUUACACAAUAAAAUCAGAAAAUACACCGACCAGAGGAGUCUAGACCGCUCAUUUGGACUUGUGGGUCAGAGUUUCUGUGCUGCCUUGCACCAGGAGCUGAAGGAGUACUACCGGCUGCUCUCUGUUCUCCAUUCCCAGCUGCAGUUAGAGGACGACCAGGGUGUGAAUUUGGGCCUCGAGAGUAGCCUGACCCUCCGGCGCCUGCUGGUUUGGACGUAUGACCCCAAGAUAAGACUGAAGACUCUGGCGGCCCUGGUGGACCAUUGCCAAGGAAGGAAAGGGGGUGAGCUGGCCUCCGCUGUGCACGCGUACACAAAGACGGGAGACCCGUACGUGAGGUCGCUGGUGCAGCACAUCCUCAGCCUGGUGUCCCACCCUGUGCUGAGCUUCCUGUACCGCUGGAUCUACGACGGGGAGCUCGAGGACACGUACCACGAAUUUUUUGUAGCCUCCGACCCAGCGGUGAAGACAGACCGUCUGUGGCAGGACAAGUACACCUUACGGAAAUCCAUGAUUCCCUCCUUCAUCACGAUGGACCAGUCCAGAAAGGUCCUUUUGAUAGGAAAGUCAAUAAAUUUCCUGCACCAGGUCUGUCAUGACCAGACGCCCACCGCAAAGAUGAUAGCAGUGACCAAGUCUGCAGACUCCCCCCAGGAUGCUACAGAUUUGUUCACAGAUUUGGAGAACGCGUUUCGGGGGAAAAUUGACGCGGCCUACUUUGAGACCAGCAAGUACCUGUUGGACGUCCUGAACAAGAAGUACAGCCUGCUGGACCACAUGCAGGCCGUGAGGCGGUACCUGCUGCUCGGACAGGGCGACUUCAUACGACACCUGAUGGACCUUCUCAAACCGGAACUUGUCCGUCCAGCUACAACUUUGUAUCAACACAACCUGACUGGAAUUCUUGAAACAGCCGUCCGAGCGACCAACGCCCAGUUUGACAGCCCCGAGAUCCUCAAGAGGCUGGACGUGAGGCUGCUGGAGGUCUCUCCAGGUGACACCGGGUGGGACGUGUUCAGCCUGGACUACCACGUCGAUGGGCCCAUCGCAACGGUGUUUACUCGCGAGUGUAUGAGCCACUACCUGCGGGUGUUUAACUUCCUGUGGAGGGCUAAGCGGAUGGAGUACAUCCUGACCGACAUUCGGAAGGGCCACAUGUGCAACGCCAAGCUCCUGAGAAACAUGCCCGAGUUCUCCGGGGUACUGCAUCACUGCCACAUUCUGGCGUCCGAGAUGGUCCAUUUCAUCCACCAGAUGCAGUACUACAUCACGUUCGAGGUGCUGGAGUGUUCCUGGGAUGAGCUCUGGAACAAAGUGCAGCAGGCCCAAGACUUGGACCACAUCAUUGCGGCGCACGAGGGCUUCCUGGACACCAUCAUCUCCCGCUGUCUGCUGGACGCCGACUCCAGAGCGCUUUUAAACCAGCUCAGAGCCGUGUUUGACCAGAUCAUUGAGCUUCAGAACACGCAGGACGCCAUAUACAGAGCCGCGCUGGGGGAGCUGCAGCGACGACUGCAGUUUGAAGAGAAGAGGAAACAGCGUGAAGUCGAGGGCCGGUGGGGAGUGACAGCGGUGGAGGAGGAGGAGGAGAGCAAGAGGAUUCAAGAAUUCCGAGAAUCGAUCCCAAAGAUGUGCUCGCAGCUGCGGAUUUUGACUCACUUCUACCAGGGCAUCGUGCAGCAGUUUCUGGUGUUGCUGACGACCAGCUCCGAUGAAAGCCUUCGGUUUCUGAGCUUCCGGUUGGACUUCAACGAGCACUACGAAGCCCGAGAGCCGAGACUGCGGGUGUCGCUGGGUUCUCGAGGACGGCGCGGCUCCCACACGUGAACCCUUCCCUGUCCUCACGGGGAGCUGCACGCGCUGGGCACUGCAUUCCGAGACAGACACAUUCAGAUCCUCAAGGCCACUGGCAUGUCCGCCUUUCCUGCCCACGUGUCCUUCAGCAUCUUCGAUGGCGUCUGUAGAGUCAAAUCCUGUUUUCGUACAGCCGCGGUGAAUAUACUCGUAACCUCACCCGUUACGACGCUGGUUUGCACUAUUCAGGUUUAGUUUUUGAAGUCGUCAUAGUAAAGAGACCCCACACUUUGUUGAGGCUUCUGAAGCUCUCCGCGAUAUAAUUUAUAUUUGUCACUUUCUGAGAACUCGCAGUUGCUUUUAGAGAAAAUUAGAGCGAGUGGAUGUUCAUCAGUUAAGACGGUGAUGUCAUUGCUCUUCUUUUAACCUCCUCUUUAGAGGGAGUUUUGUUACAUAAUCUAAUUAAAUUGAAACAGAAUGUCCCUGCUAAGAAAGUAUAUAGAGCAUUUUAUUUUGGUUUGUAGUGUGUAAAAUACUAAUCUCUGUAAGAACGCUUAUCCUUCUUUCAAAGUCUAUCUUCUUUCAAAGUUUACAUUUUUAUAUUUAAUUUACUCCUUCAGAUAACUUCUAAACUAGUGUAGACCUAGUUUAGUUGGGGGGGGCAUGAACUGAACACCCGCGAGCCUCCAUUUCUCCAUCUGUCGGCCGAAGUGAUAUGUAAAUACGGAUGACUAGAAAGUUAACGAACUAUUUUAUUUUCAAAUUCUGAUAAGCAUUGGGAAGAAACUGACUUGAAUAAUGAAGAUUUCCUUUCUCUUUGCCUAUUUUUUCAUUGUAAAUAUUUAUAGACUACUGACCAGAUGUGGGGGAAACUUUUUUUUGUAAAAAUGUCCUAUCAAGUCACAUAAAUCUGCCUUUAUGAUGUUGCAUAAAUGAAACUUAGAGAAUUAAAAGCAGUUAUCUUUCCAACGUA